UUAGCUGCCAAUCUACUCCCUUCCUAACAAGGAACGCCUGAUGACAUUCAAACAGAGCUACAAAAAUGCAGAGAACUUGAAUGAAAAAAACUUGUUGAACUUUGAAGCUCAAAAAAUAUAAGAUGACCAGUUUAUUAGCUAAAGAAAUCCUCCAGAAAGAAGAGAUGCUACUGAAAGAGACGAAAGCUAGGCUACUUGAACAGCUGAAUCGUUUGAAGGUUGAAGAAGUGGCUUUACGAAGAUACUUAUUAGAUAACACCGAGAACCAGCAAACCCAGGAAAACAACGCUCAAAUACUUGAAAAUAACAAAUAUCAAACAACUUCAGGUAACAAUGAAGACUCCAGUUACACAGAUGAUGCAAAUGCUUUGAAUCAAAUGCCACUAGAGAAUCUAAAACCUAACGAUACUAAACAAAUGGACCAAGACAUAGAAGAGGAGGAAGAAGAAGAAGAAGAAGAUGAUCAAACGUGACAUUGGUAAUGAGAAACCCUGAGUUUUGUUUGAUAUCUAGGUCCACAAAUGUAAUACUGAUUGCAGUACAACUAAA